AUGUCACUCGGAAGCAAUGAAAGAAUUGAUGAUUACUAUCUUGAUUGCGAUGCUUCGGAUAAUUCAUCGUCAUAUUCAGCUAAUGAAGAUGAUGAGGAAGAAAUUGUUUGUGAUGAUGAUGAUGGAAUUGUUAUUGAAACACAAAACGUUAGGAAUAGUCGGUCAGAAGUCGACGUCGAUUAUGAGAUGCAUAGCCUUCUCGACCAUUUUGAGAUGUUGAAUUUGUUUUCGUGGAAUAAAAAUAUCCGAAAUAUUCUGACAUUGUCUAUUUAUAGACGUAGAUCAAGUGAAACAUGA